AUGAUAUUGAUGAAUUUUUUUUUUGUAAAUGAUGAUACAAGUUCAACAAGUUCAACAAGUUCAAUAGAAUCUAUAAAACCUGAAUCAACAACUACAAAAAAACCAAUAAUAACCAAGAAAUCAAGUUUUGUAUCAAAUCUAAGUUCAUCUAUAAAGAAUUUUACUCAAUCAACUAUAUCAAAUAAUAACAAAAUUUUAUUUGAUAUUCAACCAAGAUUAACUGAUGAUAAAUUACCAAAAACAAUAACAACACCAUCAUCAACCCAAAACAUUACAGAACUAAAAACUUUUAAAAUGUCAUCAGAAUCAGAUUCUUUUAAAUCAUCAUCAAUAAUAAAACCAAGAGAAUCAAGAAUAAACCCUGAAUUCCUUAGAUUAUAUUCAUAUGAAUCAUCAUCAAGACAAAAAGGUUUAUUAAAAGAAAUUACACCACAAGAUGAAGAAAAUUUCAUUUAUUAUCAAAAUAAAUUCUUACAACAACCCAAAACCUCACCUCUUAAUGAAAAGGAAUUUUCAAUGAUGAUUAGAAAUAAAUUAUGGAAAUGUGUUAUAUUACCACCAAGAGAUGAUUAUAUCCCACAAAAUCCAAAUUAUAUCAAGACUGAUAAUAACCAAAAAGAAGGUAAAUCACUGAUUAAUACCACAACAGAUCAAAGAAAACCUUGGGUUAAUUUAGAUGAUGAAAAAAUUCAACAAAAAGUUAUAAAACCUUAUGGAAUUAUGGGAGAUGUUCAAUUUACUGUCAAAGGUUGGUGUAAUGAAAGAUGGUUACCAUCGGAAUAA